AUGUGUGGCUAAUGGAUGUGGAGACCUUUAGAAUCAGAUUUCACUACAUUCCUUUAAUCUGAGACCCUGCACUGCCCUCUUCAAGAGCUAUAAAGGAAGAACAGCGGAUAAAAUAAACGGCACCCGUUUAGGCUCGAAUGUUUUUGUCCUUCUUUUGGUUCAUUUAAAGCGCGUUAUUAAACAAGGGUAUCAGCAGAGAACCUUGAAUUUCACCGUUUCCUGUGGCGAGCAAGUUCGUAGACGGAAAGUGAAACUACAUACGGUCAAUGAUACGCGUCGAUCUUCCUGGACGAAGUUGGUCGUUCGGCUUCACAAGUAAAUGGAGAAUUCUCCACAUUUGGGUCUGAUCAGAUGACCAGAUACUCAGAAGUUCAGUUUAUGGUCAGCUCCUGUAGCUGGACUAUUCUUACAGAUACAUUUUAUUUAUGGACGCUGAUCAAAUGUAUUGGGACGAGGCAUGUAGAAUCUUGUUUGGAGAAAUAAUAUUUGCAUAUGGCUAGCCCUGUGGACGUGGAAGCGGCUUGCUCUAGAUAACUGCGCCUCCUUUGGUCUGAACUUAAACCCAGAGAAGUGGAUUUAUUAAAAGCUAUCACUGCAGCCUGUGCCAACAUGGGGAACUUCUGGGAUUGUUGCGGACGAAAAAAUCCAUGUGACCAUACAGAGGAUGAGACUAAAGGUUUAUUGCACAGUUCUGAAUCGAAGACUUCAACUAAGGCAGGAACGGAAGUCUGCACCAGUCCAACUUCAGAUGAAGAGCACAGGCAUGAAGAUGAAACAAAACCACAGCUGGGUGAACCGGUUAUAACCAAGCAGCCAAAUGCCAUCGCUCAAGAUAAACCACAGAGCUCUUACUUUACAACAAUGUCAAUAUUACAAACUGUCUCUAAUGCUGCUGAAGAUAAUCACAAUGUUUCUCCUGUAAUGGCUCCAACAGUAGCUACAGAACCACCAAAAACAGAGACUGAAAUCACUGAAGAAAUCCAAAACAUUGAAGCUGAAGUCUCAGAAGCACCUCAAGAUACAGUCGAAGCACCUGCGGAGAAUGUUGACUCAAUGAAAGGGGAGAUAGAGACUCAGCAAGGGUCAGUUGAAGAGGUAGACAUCGCAGCUGCUCUGACGGAUGAUGCAGGUGCUACAGCAACAAGUUCAGACUCAACAGUCGCAGCUGCUGUGGUGACACCUGGUAAGGAAGCACCUGUUGAAGAAGCAACUGCGCUUGCUAAGGUAGAAUCUGAGAAGAACUCCUCCCAACCAGAGCCAGAAACACAUGUGGAGAUGAUUGUAGAUGAGAAGAAAAUGAUCCAAACUGAGGAACUAACUCUGAGUGACACCAAUGAAGUGACACAUAAAGGGGCUUGUCUCAGGGACACUGGGGAUAUUUCAUUGAUUGGCAACAGCAGCAAAGAGCCUGACCCAUGCAUUUUAGGUAAGUCUAAUGAGACGAAUGUUAUUGAGGAAAGUGUAGCUGAAGUGAAUGCUGCAGAACCUAUCGCUGAGCAAACAGCUCAAGUAGAGGGCAAACUUUCAGAGGAUAUUCAUUCUGAGAUGGCAGAACAGAAGCAUGUGACAUCCGAAGUUGAUCAAACUCAGGAACAUUCACAGGAAGCUUCAUCUCCAAAUGUGGAUAUUAGCAAUGGACUCUCUCCUACCAUAGAAAAUGGUCUUGCGAAGGACCCUGGUGAUCUGAAAGUUGAGAAUAUAAUAAAUGAUGUCACGCUUCAAACAGAAGACAUUGUCCAGGCAUUAAAUGAAGAAACCUUGGAAACUGAGAGUAAAGAGCAAAUGUCCUUUAAAUCCUCCUCACAAACUGACAGCACUGUUGAUGUAGACAAACCGGAAAUUAUGAAUUCUGUGAAAGAUGUAGAGAAAAGUGAAAAGGUUGAAGAGCAAAAGCGCGAGAUUACAGAACCCGUUCAGAAUGGACUGGACUCCACAUGUGCCUCAGUGCCAUCAAGCCCCGUUGAGAAAACCGGUCUCACUGAACCAACCAGUGAUUCAGUUGCUCUAGAAGACACCGAGGGCAAAGUUGAGCUUUCUGCGUUGAGUGAAGCAAAGUCAGUGGAGGAAGUUGUUAAAGAUGCAGAAACUGGACCUCAGCAAACAAAGGAUGGACAGGAGAAACAGGAAGAGGAAGCAAGUGUUGCUAAGGAAAACGAAGGAAAAGAAGACACUUCCGCCGACCCAAAAUCAGAGAUCCUUUUUAGCAGUAGCACAGUAGAGGUGAAGCUGAUACAGAAAGAUACAGAACAAAGUAUGGAGGAAGUACACGAGACACUGGAUGAGAGUGCAGACCUGUAUCUGGGAGCUGAGGAGAUUGAAAUGGGGGCCAGCAAUAAUAAACCAUCCAAACCACUGCUGGAGCUCACAAUUCCUGGUGUAGAGACCAGAUGUAGCUUAUCACCAGCUGUGGAUAUUCUGGCCUACAGUGAGAGAGAAUGGAAGGGAAACACUGCCAAAAGUGCUCUCAUCAGAAAGGGCUACAGUGAGAUGUCCCGUAGCUUUAGUGGACUGAGGAGAGUCAGAGGAGAUAACUACUGUGCUCUACGAGCUACACUGUAUCAGGUGCUGGCAAACAGCACAAAUAUGCCUACCUGGCUGCAAGAUGAAGGCCUUCUAUUGUUACCAGAGAAGAUUGACGCUCAGGACCAUUUGAUUGGUGGAUGGGUGUUUCCUCCAGAAUGCAAGUCAGGAAGUGAGAAGGAAAGUUCUGUGGAGAGGCUAAAAUGUUAUUUGGAUCUCCUUAAGAAGAAGUGGCAUGCAGCAGCAGUCUGUGAGAGCUCCGAGGAGAAGCACGGUUUAUGCGAGCGUGUGUUUCAAGGCGGAGAAGAGGAGUACGGUCUUCUGGAAGCACUGAAGUUUCUAAUGCUGGCCCAAGCUGUUGAGCUACAUCACAGCAUGACGGCAGAUCAAGAAGUGCCUGUGUUCUGCUGGCUUCUUUUCGCCCGUGACACAUCCGAAAACCCCCAAACCCUCCUGGCCAAUCACCUGAGCCAGAUCGGCUUUAGUGGAGGGGUAGAACAGGUAGAGAUGUUUCUACUGGGCUAUGCCUUAAAGCACACCAUUCAAGCCUUCCGUCUGUACAUGACUGACACAGAGGAAUUUGUGACACAUUACCCAGACGACCACAAGCAGGAGUGGCCCUGUGUGUGUAUCGUCACAGAAGACGAUCGCCAUUACAACGUCCCUGUCAGGAGGAGCAUUCAACACCAGCACGGAGAAGACAUCACAAUGACCUAACAACAGAGGCCUCGGAGAACAAAUCUGAUCUACAAAGUGGCAUGAUGUUUGUUUUUUGAUAAUGAUGUCUUGGUCAUCCAGUGAAGGGAAUUUACAGCAAUUUUUCCGAGAUCAAAUUGCAAGCAAAAGUGCUCAGGUUUUUCCCCCCUAAAUGAAUCACAGAACUAACAUCAGCCUGUCAGGAAAUAUUGCGAUUAGCACUGGUUCAGAAAGGUGGGGGAAAAAAAACCUUACUGCCUUUUACUGUAACCCUGUUAUUUUUUGUAUUAUGCACUGUCGGAAAUAGUGUUGAUUUACAUUUAUCAAUGUAAAAAAAAAAUACUAAAGAGUUUACAGUAAUUUUAGAGAAAUUUAAUUCAACAGAAUGUAUUGUGAGUAGGCUAUAGUAUGGGAAAUAAGAUAAUUGUCUACUUACCUCGUAAGUUCAUUCGUUACAUACUUCAAAUUUACAUCGUUUCGAAAUAUAAAAGAAAAUUUUGAAAAAAGCCAUGGGCACUGAUUGAGGCCUUUUAACUAAUUCUGUCAGACAUGUUAGGUCAUUUUUCUAAACCGUAUUUAUAAAACUGUUUUUUUUCUUUUCCUUUUCAUGAUUUUAGAACUUUUUAAAUGAGGCUCCACACACAACACUGUCAAUUAGGUUUCUUUGGAGCACUUAGACUCUUAAAAAAGGCUAAAUAACUUAUGUUUAUAUGUUCUUAACCUACAUUAAAAGCAACAAUAACAUGCAUAAAUCUUGUUAGAAGGCAGCUGGAGAUAAAAUUGCCAACACGAGCUCAAAAAAGCUUAAUAUUUGGCUCAUUGUGGAGUGAAACGUCAAGUACUUGCACUUUUUAUUUUGAUGUUUUUUCCUGCUCGUUUGAAGUUUUUAUGACAGAUUAAUGCUGAUUAACUUGAAAGUUAUACAGAACAUGAAAGUUAUAAAGUAUUGGUUAUGUAAAAUACUCAUUUUUCAAGAACUGGAAGACGAGACCGUUUGAGGGAAUACGAAUAAAAUAUUCUAAGACUA